AUGCAUUGGCUAACCUUUUUGCAAUUGUUUAGCAUUGAUGAGGAGCAGCUUCUUCAGCAGCAGCAGCUCUUUCAGCAUCAGCUUCAGUUGCAGCAGCAGCAAGCCCUUCCCGAUGCUAUCCGCAACUUCAUCCUCUACUUCCAUCACUGCUUGAAGGAGAGCAACGUCUACGAUCUCCAUGGAUGCUACGAAAACACGUUCAACAAGUUGACUGAGAAAUUCUACAAAAACACCCCCUGGCCGGAUCCGCAGACGGUUGUCUCGCCUUUGGUUGAGAACGACCAGCCGUUCGUCUCGCUCUAUACUGAGAUGUACUACCGUCAUCUGUAUGCUAAGCUGCAGCCUACUCUCGAGGACCGGUUUGCGUCGUAUGAGAACUACUGCUUGUGGUUCAACUACGUGUUUGAUCCCAACUCUCCUACUGACUUGGAGCUGCCUACCAACUGGGCCUGGGAUAUCAUUGAUGAGUUCAUCUACCAGUUCAACAGCUUCUCGCUGUACCGUAGCCGCACCGUGCGCAAGUCUCACAACGAUGAAGAGAUCAGUCUUUUCCGUGAGCGCCCCGAGAUAUGGAACACCUACAGCGUUCUCAACGUUUUGUACUCGUUCAUCCAAAAGUCGCAGAUCAAGGAACAGCUCCAGGCCAUCAAGGACGGCCGGGAUCCCGACGAGGUCGCUGGCGAGGAUGGAUCGCGCCCGCUGUACAAGACUUUGGGAUACUUUUCGCUCAUUGGCCUUUUGCGUGUGCACACGCUUCUUGGCGACUUCACGCUUGCUCUCAACACGAUGGAGAACAUUGACUUGAACAAGAAGACAAAAUACUCGCGUGUUGCCGGCGCGCAGUUCACAAUCUACUACUAUGUCGGUUUCUGCUACAUGAUGCUCCGUCGCUACUCGGACGCCAUCAAGGCGUUCUCGCAUAUCCUGCUGUUUAUCUCGCGGACAAAGUCAUUCCACAACCGCUCGGCUCAGUACGACUCGGUCACCAAGCGCUCUGACCAGAUGUACGCGCUUCUCGCUAUCUGCGUUGCGCUCUGCCCCACCCGUCUCGAUGACUCGAUCCACACCACUCUUCGCGAGAAGAACGGCGAGCAGCUUGCGCGCAUGCAGCGUGGUGGCGAGGAGUCGCUUCCUGUUUUUGAGGAGCUGUUCACUUUUGCUUGCCCCAAGUUCAUGAUGUUGGGACCUCCCGACUACGAGAACCCGGCUGCCAACAUCGACCCCUUGCAGCACCACCUCAAGGUGUUUAUGAUGGACGUCAAGAACACGAUGCUUGCGCCUACUCUCCGCAGCUACCUGAAGCUGUACACGACACUCAACAUCGACAAGUUGGCUACCUUUGUCGAGAUCUCGCCCGAGGAGCUGCGCUCUGCGCUCGUUGUGUUCAAGCAGAAGAGCCGCCAGGUGCGAUGGACCGAGGGCUCGCUUUUGGACGGUGACGUCGUCAAUGUGUCGGACCUCGACAUCAUCCUGGACGGCGACAAGAUCGACAUUUCCGAGGCGAAGAUCGUCCGCAAGUUUGGCGACUGGUUCCUCAGAAACUCGGCUAAGUACUACGCUGUCCAGGACACGAUUGCCAACAAGAACUCUGUGGCUGAGGAGGGCAAGGAGAACAAGGAGCAUGGAAAGCGACGGGAGCGGAGAGAGAAGAACGCGGAGAAGAACUCAAAGUAA